GACCCGCCAAUACCAAAAUUCCGUCCAUAUUUGUGUUAUCGCUGUUCGGAAAUCACGACUGAAAGGGAAAUCGUCACAGCUCUGGGGAUUAGAAAAGGGACGCGGAAGUGUACCCAAGACCUGCGAUCUGCGACCGGCGACACAGACCACGCCUAAAGGAUGGGCCGAGCAGGAGGCGCCUGCACGGCGGCAUUGCUGCUGCUGGCUGGCCUGCAUCUCUGCUCGUGUGCUUCAGAGCUGAACUUCGCUUCAGUGCCCAGCGGCGACGAUGUGCCGGCCAACCAGCUGGCCAAGUUCACCAGCUGCAUUGUCGCUUGCGCCCUGGAACCUGCCAGGAUCUUCUUCCCCUUCACAGGCUGCAUCUGGGGAGAUAAGGACGCAGGCGAGAAAAGCUGCAUCAUCGAAAAGACCUGCUUCCUUGACUGUUUCGCCCCGGCGGAGGCACACCCAGAGGGAGUCUACACCAACCGCUACAACCUGGAGCGCACCAGCUUUGUGGUCGAGCCGGCGUUUUCGCCCGCCACCAUCAAUCAGACCUCAUUCGCGAUCACCAACCAGUGGGUGGUCGAUGGUUCAGUCUAUGCUCAGCCGCUGUAUGCUCCCAAGAUCAAGAUCUCUAAGGGAGUGACUAAGAACUUAGUCAUCAUCGCCACAGAGUUCAACUCAGUCUACGCCUUCGAUGCAGACACCGGAGAGCAGGUCUGGAAGAAAAGUCUGACCAUUGGACGAGUGGUCAACUCGACAGACAUCCCAGUUGUGCCCUCGAGGCCCCCCUACUCGGGCUUUGGCCCCUGCAAUGACAUCGCCCCUUACUACGGCAUCACUUCCACCCCAGUGAUUGACCCCGAGACAAACAUCGUCUAUGUGAUGAGUCAUUCCUUCGAGGGCGAAGACAUUGACUCUGUCGCCUACAGGCUGAAUGCCCUGAGGCUGGAGACUGGCGAGCACAUUAAGGGCAGCCCCACAGUGCCAGUGGCCGGCGAGAAGACAUUCCCUGACAGCCAGUUCCCCAACAACGCCACCACCUUCCGGGCCAUCAAGCAGCUGAAUCGCCCAGGCACGCCCCACCAGACCCACACUUUGCUUUCUUUUAUUAAUUACCUGCUGUUACUGCCGAAGGCAAGGUGUGACCAGCUGGAUGCAAAGGGUCUUGUGCUGUACAAGGGACUGGUGUACGCGGCAUAUGGUUCCCACUGUGACAGGCCACCCUACUUCCCCUGGCUGUUCGCCUUCAGCGCCAAGAGCCUGGAGAUCAAGCACUUCUGGACCUCCCCCAUCUUCAUCUCCCGCUUUGCGCCAGCGGACCCCAGGCAGCAGAAUGUGACUGGCGGUGGCCCCACAAUCUGGCAGGGAGGCACCGCGCCCACCAUCUUCAAUGACAAGCUCUACGUUGUCACAGGCCGCGGCCCGGUGCAGCCGGAGAACGGCGGUUACGGAAACGCGAUUCUGCGAUUCCCCUUGGACCUGUCUGAUGUUGAGGACUUCUUCAUCCCGGCCAAUGGACUCUACCUUGAUAAUGUGGAUUUGGACUUGGGAUCUUCUGGCGCGAUUGCCAUCAAGGAUAAGUACAUCAUCACUGGAGGCAAGCAGGGCCCUCUCUACAUCGCUAACGCUGCCAACCUCGGAGGCUACCAGCCAACUGCCAACAACACCAAUGUCUUCCAGGUCGUCAACCCCACAGGGCUGGAGUUUAACAACCCCACGGCCAAGACCAUCUAUUCUGGUCCUGCCUACUGGGAGGCCAACGGCGGCCAGAUCUUCAUCCGCGGCCGCCGCGCACAGCCCUCGUUGUUCAGGUACGCAUGGGAUGAGACGACCGGGAAGCUGAGCACGCAGCCGACGGCGCAGCAGGACCCAUCGAGCGGUGUGGGAGUGUUCCAGAACCGCGCCUCCAACCCCGUCAUCCAGGCAGUCAGCAAGACCGCCACCGAGGGAAUCCUGUGGGAGAUUGACGAGAGUUCAAGCCUGUUUGGCUGGGACGCCAUGUCUCUGGACCUGAUCUACCGCAGCAACAACACCGGUGUUUGCGGCGGCACACCCUCUUCCUCUGUCGGAGUUGUCAAGUUUCAGCUUCCCACCAUCGCCGGUGGAAAACUGUACCUGGGCUGCGGCGACCGUGUGCUCAUCUACAGCCUCGUCUGA